AUGACCGACCCAUUGAAGACUUUGGACUUAGGCCGGCCGAAGCCAACCGCCAUUUCGCGAAAGGUCUACGCCAUUGCCGGAAUCUCAGUGACAGUGUUUGGACUUGGAGAGCUUCAUUCGCAAGCCACUUCAGUGGCCUGUCUCUGGCUGCUGCACCCUCGCCUGGCAACCCAGGAACGAAUGACUGAUAUCGCUGCAUCAACCAUUACCGACUGGAACACCAAAACCAAAGAUACCCCAACAGCCAAAGGUCUCAUUGCUGUCUCUUUUGAUCAGCGCAAUCAUGGUGCCAGAAUGGUUGAUCCGCUGGCCAAUGAGGCGUGGCGACAGGGCAAUCCGCGCCAUGCCCAAGAUAUGUUCUCUAUCUUCCAGGGAACCGCAAGGGAUACUUCAUUGUUGAUGGACUAUCUUGCCGCGUUCGUAUUUCCCAAUGGGGAGAAUAAGAUCUCCGAGAACCUGGUUCUGGGCGUCUCCCUUGGUGGACACGCCGCCUGGAGCUGCUUAUUGCACGAGCCUCGUGUCAGCGCAGGUGUGGUUAUCAUCGGCUGUCCGGAUUAUCUUAAUCUUAUGGUGGAUCGUGCACGACUAUCGAAAUUGCCCUCGUGGACAAAAAGCGACCCGCCAGGAGCAGAGAUCCUGGGUUCCGAGGCUUUCCCGGCUUCGUUUGUGGAUAUCGUCAAACAGUACGAUCCUGCAAGUCUCAUGCUCAGUCAUGUCAAGAGUGCACCUGGUCCACUGCGUGACGAGACCAUACCUGCGCCAACAGAACAGGAACAGCAGGAGCUUCGGCCUUUGCUGACCCGGUGUCUGGCUGGCAAGCGCAUCUUGAACUUGUCUGGCGGGAUCGACAAGCUUGUGCCGUAUCACCGUGGUGAGGCCUUUUUGACAUGGUUCAAGAGUGCAAUCUCAUCCAAUGGAUGGUUUGGGGAUGGUGCGGUCACGUUCGAAGAUAUCAUUGACCAGGCAGCAGGCCACGAAGUCACCCCUAAAAUGGUUGAUGAGGCUGUCCGGUUUAUCAGUGAAACAUUGGCAGUCAAUGAGAACAGCAAGGACCGUAGGGGUUCAGUGCGGGAAUCCAAGAUCUAG